AUGCCUUCAUUAACUAAUAAUAAUAAUUCAACAAUUACUAGUAAUAAUAAUUCAAAUAAUACUCCAACAAUGAUUAAACAAAAUAUUUUUCAACAUGGUGAACAAUUAGAUAAAGUCCCAGAAGGUACAAAUGUUUUAAUAUUUCAUCAUCGUUUUAAUCAAGUGAUUAAACAAGGAUAUAUUCCAGACACUGUCACACAUAUUGUAUUUGGAUCAUUCUUUAAUAGACAAAUUCAAUUAAAUACAAUUCCAAAUGGUGUUAAAUUCUUACAAUUCGGAUACUCAUUUGAUCAAGCUUUGAUUCCAGGUUCGCUUCCAGACUCUUUACAACAAUUAACAUUCGGUGAUAUGUUUAAUAAACCAAUUGAAGAGAAUACAAUUCCAUCCUCUGUUAUUAAAUUGGUAUAUGGUGAAAACUUUUAUCAAGAAUUAAAUUCAAAUUCUGUUCCAUCUUCCGUAAGAUUAUUAAAAUUGGGUUCAUAUAAUAAACAAAUUAAAGAUUUAAAAAAAGGUUGUGUUGCUCAAGAUAAAAUCAUUUCUUUGAAAAUUAAAGGUCAAAGAUUACCAUCAUCAAUUGAACAAUUAUCUUUUGGUUGUGGUUUUAAUCAACCAAUUCCAGAUGAUUUAAUUUCUCCAAAUUGUAAAAUAAUUUUAGUACCACAAACUUGUACUUUUAAUUCUUCUUCAAUUUAUUCUGAUAAAAUUAAAUUAUUUUAA